AGGGCGAUGAAUAUUGAUGAGGCUGACCCGGCUCUAUUGUGCAAUUGGAGCGGGGCGAGGUGAAGGCGCAGGCAGAAUGGAGGUGGGGAACUGCGCGGUGCUCGUAGGGCUGGCGCUUCAGCCACAGCAGUAGCUAGACGACGCCGCUGUCGCCUGCACGGGGGGGGGGGGGGCUUUGUUUCAGUCCGCCCGGGCCGUCGCCAUCCCCGUCACCCUCUUCCGUGCCUCGCAGCCAAGGCGGGCGGCUACCAUGGAACCGGGACAGAAGCAGCUGUAAGGGAAAGGCGGGGCCCCCCCCCCCCCCCCGGCCUCCCGAGGAAGAAGACGACAGAGAGCGAGAGCGGCUCGCCCCCAGAGCUUCCUUCUUGCUCCGCCAGGCAGAGAGGCCCCCAGUCCGUGAGCUUGGGGCCAAAACCCUGCAAGCCUUUAAUGGAGGAGGACUUGCCUUUGAAGGCUGCAGGAAUGCUUCCCAUUACAAAGAGCCUGAGGGGAAAAAGAACAAGACUUUGCUACCCAUCUGUCUGGCAUGGAUUGAAGGCAAAAAGAGGAAAGAAGGUGGUAUAAGCCAGUCUUAUCUGCUGCUGUGAAUCUGAGAGGCAGUGACCGGUCUCCCUGUGUGGCCUUGGAUCCUGCACCCAGCCCCUUCACCUCCCUGUAGCCAAUGACCCCCAUGAACCCAAUGAAACCAUCGCUCCCUCCCACCCCGCAUGGUGAUGGUUCAUAUGCCUACGAGUCAAUUCCUUGGCAACAGACUACCAAUCAGCCUGCAGGAUCUCUCUCGGUGGUAACCACUGUUUGGGGCGUCAGCAACACAUCCCAAAGCCAGGUUUUUGGAAAUCCCAUGGGUCCUGGAGGAAACACCGCUGGCAAUCCCAUGAUGCCCAGCGUGGCCAGCAGUGGCUCUGGCAUGAACUCACCACAAUUUAUGGGACAGCAGCCUUUCCCUGAGGGUUCCACAGGCAAAGGUUACGUGCAACCUGGGAUGUACAGCCGCAGUUCAUACCCUGGAGGGCCAGGCUUCACCACAAGUUAUGCAGGGAGCCCAAAUGGCCCAGGGGGAAUGGGCAUUCCUUCUCAUACUGGGAGACCCCCGGCAGACUUCACCCAAGCAGCCGCUGCAGCUGCUGUAGCAGCUGCAGCAGCCACGGCCACGGCCACAGCCACAGCCACAGUUGCUGCCUUGCAAGAAAAGCAGAGCCAGGAGUUGAGUCAGUAUGGAGCGAUGGGUGCUGCGCAGCCUUUCAACAAUCAAUUCCUCCCUCAUUCGGGACCUCGAGGACCAACUGUACCUCCUGGGAUGAAUCCAGCCAGCAUGUUGAACGCCUCUGGGAUGUCACCCAUGAACAUGAACACAGCAAGGACUCCUGCAAUGAGCGCCCUGUAUGCUGGGCAGAGGAUGCCACAACAUGGCUACCCUACUCCACCACAAGGCCAGCAGAUACCCCGGCAAAAUGUCAAGAGAACUUAUUCCAGUGAGGGUUAUCCAGGACAACAAUAUAUACAAGGUGGCCAGUAUCCUUCUCAAGCCGGACAGUACACCACAAAUGUGCCUCAACCAUCUGCUUCGUCACCCUCCUAUCCUGGUCACCGGUUGCCACUGCAACAGGGAGUGAGCCAUUAUCUUUCUGCCUCCAGUACUAGCGGCCCAUACUAUAAGCCUACUGAUCAGUUCAAUGGUCAAAAUGCCAGUUUCAAUGGUGGCAAUUUCAACAGCUAUGGACAAGCUACUAUGAAUGGGCCGGGAAGAUCCAUGCCUGGUUAUCCAAGCUCUCCUUUACCUGGUAAUCCCACACCUCCAAUGACCCCUGGAAGUAAUAUCCCUCCCUACAUGUCCCCAGGACAGGAUGUGAAGUCACCAUUCCUUCCAGACAUCAAACCCAAUAUCAAUUCUUUGCAUCCUUCUCCCUCUCCCAACAUUGGUUCUUUGCAUCCUUCACCAUCUGGAAACCCUUGUGAUGAGUUGCGUUUGACCUUCCCUGUACGGGAUGGUGUAGUGUUGGAGCCUUUCCGCCUCCAGCACAACUUGGCGGUCAGCAACCAUGUCUUCCAGCUCAGGGACUCUGUUUACAAGACUCUGAUGCUCAGGCCUGACUUAGAGCUGCAGUUUAAAUGCUACCAUCACGAGGACCGACAAAUGAACACCAACUGGCCAGCCUCAGUCCAGGUCAGCGUGAAUGCCACCCCUCUGACCAUCGAACGGGGAGACAACAAGACUUCACACAAACCCCUCUACCUAAAGCAGGUCUGCCAGCCCGGCAGGAACACCAUCCAGAUCACAGUCACGGCUUGCUGCUGUUCCCAUCUUUUUGUCCUGCAAUUGGUGCACAGGCCUUCGGUACGGUCUGUUUUGCAAGGCUUGAUCAAGAAGCGGCUGCUGCCGGCUGAGCACUGCAUCACCAAAAUCAAACGGAACUUCAGUAGCGGCACAAUCCCUGGGACUCCAGGUCCAAAUGGCGAAGAUGGUGUGGAGCAGACAGCCAUUAAGGUGUCUCUGAAGUGCCCCAUUACUUUUCGGAGAAUCCAGCUUCCCGCCAGGGGUCACGACUGCAGGCACAUACAGUGCUUUGACUUAGAAUCCUAUCUGCAGCUAAACUGUGAAAGGGGGACUUGGAGAUGUCCUGUCUGCAAUAAAACAGCCUUGUUGGAAGGGCUUGAAGUGGACCAGUACAUGCUGGGAAUCCUGAUUUACAUUCAAAACUCCGAAUUUGAAGAGAUCACCAUCGACCCGACGUGCAGCUGGAAGCCGGUCCCAAUCAAACCUGACAUUCACAUCAAGGAGGAACAGGAUGGGCCCGUGCUGAAGCGUUGCCGUACCAUGAGUCCCACCCACAUGGUGAUGCCCAGCGUCAUGGAGAUGAUCGCAGCCUUGGGACCAGGCCCCUCGCCAUUUGGAUCUUUGCAGUCCUCUUCUGCUGGCGGUGGCACCAAUGACUACACCAACCAAAAUUCAACCUUUUCUGGAUCUUACCCAGAUUCAUUCCCCACCGUGAACCCCGGCACCCCAACGUUAAAUGAAUUCAACCCUGGGCCUCCUCCCAUCUCCUACCAGUCUGACAUUCCGGGCAGCCUGCUGACCCCCGAAAAGCCAACUGUUCCUGGACAGAUGCCUCCAUCAAGCAGGAUGGAUCCUUCUUCACACAAUACGGUGCAACAGGGCCUAAACAACCCCAACCUCAGCAAUCAGCCGGGCCAACAGCCACCGCAACAACAGCAGCAGCAGCAGCAGCAGCAGCCACAACUCCACCAUCGGAAUCCCCCCCUUCCUCCCCCACCAUCACGCCAGGCACCAGGACAGUCAGGCACCGGAGGCCCAGCACAUGGGGGGGAGCUCCCUUUCAACCCUGGUCCUGGGAUGGGAGUGCCCCCUGGGCCUGUGGAUGGGCCUGAACCUUCCCUUGAUCUUCUUCCUGAGCUGACAAAUCCAGAUGAGCUGCUGUCCUACUUGGGCCCCCCCGACCUUCCCAAUAAUAGCAACGAUGAUCUGCUCUCUUUGUUUGAGAACAAUUGAAGCCACCCCAGAUGGAAACCAGGCAUCAUGCUCCACCUACCAUGUUCUCUCUCUCUCUCUCUCUCCCUCCCUCUCUCUCCAUUUUCUUUCUCUCACACACUCAUACACACUUUCACUUACAAUUCUUCCCAUAGCUUCCCAGGCUGUCAUCAAGAGAGAGACCUCACCUUGUAUCCUGGUGGUAGCCAUGAAGCCCUGCUAGUGAAUCAGUUCAAGAGACUUUGGCCAGACAGCCAUCUCCUUUUGCUAGGAUGGCCUCUUGUCUGGAAAAGGGCCUCCAUGGGAGACUAGGAAUGCUUGGUUUACUUGUUUUGAGAAAUCCUUCCAGCCCAGGAGAGAUGGUGGUGCUGCUGCUGUUGAUGGGGACUGUUCCUGAAAAAUGGCUUUUUAUCAUGUUGCUCAGGCCAGAUCAGGUACAGGGCAUUGUCUUGUUUCUAAUAAUAUUCCCAAGGUAUCCCCAACAAACCUGCAGCCAGGGGAGGAAGAAAUGCAUCUGGUUAGUCUUUGGAAAUGUUAGUAGAACUGACAACUCCCAUCAUGUGCAUCGUUCUUGACAUCUUGGAAUGAGUAUGUCUGCCUGAUCAUCUAAAGCUAUGGAAUGAAACUGACACCUCAUACUUCAUCCACUUUUCUCGUGGAUUUUAAAGAACAAAUUCCAAGGACAUCAGAGCUCCACUAUAUCUAGAGAAAGCAGAUAAAGCUUGCCUGCUCUUAUCUGUCCCUGGAUCUGAAGCCCUCCUCCCAUGAGCUACAGUGGUUCUUCCUGUCCAUCCUCUACAGCCUUGAUAUGGACAGAGCAGAAGUUCACCCAACGGCUUGCAGCAUCAUGGUGAGAGUAUUCUCAAAUGCAGAUGAGCAACCAGCCCACU